GGGUGUGGGGGGUCAAAGAAGGUUGUGGUUGUUUAAAAAUCUAAUCUUUUUGUUAAAUUUUAUGUGAUUUCGGGCAAAUGAUGGUGAAUGUAUUGUGAAGAUAGAUUCCAUGGGUUCUUGCCAGAGUGUUGAAGUAGGCAAAACAGGACAAAGACCAGAGAGUAAGACAGUUGUCCAUGGAGUUGGUUCGUAUCCCACCAAGAGAAAUCCUGUAAGUCAACCGAAGUUAAAAACACCUGAGGGACAUGACUCUAGACGUAGAAGCAGCAUUGUGGUAAUACCUGAAACUGUUGAAGACCUGCAGCAGAAUCCAGGGAUUAGUGAUCUUGAUAUCUUCAAGUAUGAAGAGAUGAAAAUGGCUACGAAACACUUUCGACCGAAACAGGUUCUCGGAGAGGGUGGAUUUGGUAUCGUCUACAAAGGAGUUAUUGAUGAACAUGUCAGGCCGGGAUACAAGACUACUUAUGUUGCCAUUAAGGAGCUCGAUCCAGAAGGUCUUCAGGGUGAUAGAGAAUGGCUGGCAGAGAUGAACUAUUUGGGGCAGCUUCGACAUCCAAAUCUGGUGAAGCUGAUCGGAUAUUGCUGUGAGGACCACCAUAGACUACUAGUUUAUGAGUAUAUGGAAUCUGGCAGCCUGGAGAAACACCUCUUUCCAAGAAUGUGUGCCACUCUAACAUGGUCGAGGAGAAUGAAAGUUGCUCUGGAUGCCGCCAAAGGGCUUGCUUUUCUUCAUGGAGCUGAAAUGCCGGUAAUAUAUAGGGACUUCAAGACCUCAAACAUUUUGUUAGAUGCGGAUUUUAAUGCAAAGCUUUCUGACUUUGGACUUGCAAAAGAUGGGCCAAUGGGAGAUCAGACUCACGUAUCGACUCGUGUUAUGGGUACUUAUGGUUAUGCCGCUCCAGAGUAUGUCAUGACUGGACAUUUAACAGCCAGAAGUGAUGUUUAUGCUUAUGGGGUUGUUUUGCUUGAGAUGCUCAUUGGAAGAAGAGCAAUCGACAAGACUAGGCCUAGCCAGGAAUACAACCUUGUAGAGUGGGCACGUCCGCUCCUGAAUCAUAACAAGAAGCUCUUUAAGAUACUCGAUCCUAGACUCAAAGGACAAUACUCGUCUAAAACUGUCAUAAAGGUUGCUAUUCUUGCCUAUCAGUGCCUCAGCCAAAACCCGAAAGGAAGGCCAGUUAUGAGUCAAGUAGUUGAAAUUCUUGAAGCCCUUCAAGUACCACAAAGCAAAGAUUGAAAUAGUUUGUAUAAAAUCUAUCUACUUAUUUGUGUUAAAGAAUCUUGGAAGACAUUAUGUCCUGUAUCUAUGUUAGUUUCUUGUCCAGCUAGCGUUCAUUGUUUUGCUACAGAUGAUACGUGAGGAAUCUUAUUAUGACAGUUCUUCCUUUUAAUGACCGGCGUAUCUAUUUCGGUUUCUUGUCUA